AUAUUUUCAGACUCGAAAACCAAUAUGUCCGACGGAGCAGGAAAGAAGCAGGGCGGUGGAAGCCGAGGGCGAGGUCGUGGGGGAGGAGGAGGGGGUCGGGGAGGACGAGGAGGAUCUGGACGUGGAGGAAAUCCUUGGGGUGGAGGACAGGGUCGAGACAAUGAGCACUCUGGUAAAGGGGUGGAUAAGGGUCCUCGAGAUAAAGGAGGAGGGGGGUCGGAGGGUGGAAAUCGUGGUUCCAAGAUUGAGAACCUGGAUUAUAAAGAAACAAGACGACCUCGACUAGAAUCUGAGAUGAGUGAAGGGGGAGGAGAAAACUGCAAUGUUUGCCUUUACAAGAUAAGUAUUUUUGCCAUCGGUGAGUGCAACCACCCGGUGUGCCACACGUGUGCUACACGAAUGCGCGUUCUCAUGCAGAAAAAUGAGUGUGCUAUUUGUAGGAGAGAUAUACCUAAGGUAAUUAUGAUAUCUGAGAAUAAGAAGUACGAGGAAGUGAAGGAUAAUAUUUUUCAAAUGGAUCAGAAACAUAAAGUUUGCUUUGAGACUGACGAGAUUAAGAAUGAAUAUUUUAGACUGUUGGCCCACGCUUGUCCGAUUUGUGAGGACUCGCCAACUUAUAAAACUUUUCGGCAGGUGGACAAUCAUCUGAGAACUGACCAUCACUUCUCAUACUGUGAUCUUUGUGUGUCAGAUCUUAAGAUGUUCACACACGAGAGAAAAUAUUACGAUAAGGCGGGACUACUGGAGCAUAGAAGAGUCGGGGAUAAAGAUGAUAAAAGUUUAAAGGGUCAUCCCCUCUGCGAGUUCUGCGAGCAUAGGUUUGUGGAUAAAGAAACUUUGUAUAAACAUCUGCGUAAGGAUCAUUAUUUCUGCCAUUUCUGUGAUGCAGACGGAGCACAGUUCUUCUUUUCAGAAUAUUCAGAUCUUCGCAGUCAUUUCAGGAAGGACCAUUUUCUGUGCCAGGAGCAGGAAUGUGAAGAGGAAAAGUUUGUUGUCUUUAGAACUGAAAUAGACAUCAAAGCACACAGGUUAGAGCGGCAUGGGAAUAUGCUGAGCAAAGCAGCUUCUAAGCAGAAUAGAAGAAUAGAUAUAGAUUAUUCUUAUUCCAGAAGAGAGGUUGGGCGGGAUGAGCAAAGAGGAUAUUCAAGACGAGAAGGAGGAGGGGAACAGAGGAAUAGAAGAGAAGAAAGACAACCAGAGCAAAGUUCCGAAUAUUUUGACCAAGUUGAUGGUUUCUCCCGACCUAAUAUUGGUUUAGUUCCUGAUCUUGUGGCAGAUUUUCCCUCGCUGGGUGGAACAAAACCAACUCCAGGACCUGGUAAGCUAGCUGGUCCUCCACCUAAACAAGGGUUUGCUCAGAGUGGUGAGCUUGCCAAGAAGCUUGCACAAUCAGCAGGACAUAAUACUGGGGCAAGUCAGAGUUGGGCAGGUCGAGGGGGCUCUGCUCCAUCAUUAAUUGAAGAUUUUCCAACCCUACCAGGCGCUGCUCAGGUCGUUUCAUCCCAGAAUUCUGUUCCCUUUUAUAAACCUGUCUCUAAUCCUAAACCUGUUUCCAAUGGAACUAAAUCUAAACAAGAAGAGUUUCCAGGACUUCCUGCAAGAACGGCUCCCAUGAAUAUGAACAGUAGUGCCAAGUCCAGACCUGGUGCGUCCAGGCCUGUAUCUGGCCUUGCUCCCCGAUCUGUGGCGCGCCCAUCCGCCCAACCCCGGUUAAAACCUGCCGCUAAACAUUUUGAUCCGUUCGAGAGCGAUGAAGACGAUUAUCCCUCCCUGGGAGGCGGAGGACGACCUUUAAAUUCGUUCUCAGAGAAAACGAUUAGAGCCUCAGGACAGGUUAGAAACGGUCAACCAAUAUUUUAAUUCCUGCUGUACUGC